AGAAAAUCAAAGAUUUCGGCUUCUCGCAAGCUCAUGCUUAAGAGCUUGCUGCUGGCAAAAGCCAAAGAAGAAUUAGAGCAAGAAAUGAUGGAAAGAGGUGAAGAAAAAGAAAGAUUUCUCGGAGAGCGGGUCCCACCCAUAAGAAUAUCAGGCCUGUCUUCCAGCCAACUACAGGAACUGUGCCGUGAACUUCAUGACAAAGUGCAUGUAGUGGAUGAAGAGCGAUAUGAUAUUGAAGCCAAAGUGCAACAUAACAAGAGAGAGAUUCAGGACCUGACUCUGAAAGUUCUCGAUCUCAGAGGGAAGUUUAAGCGGCCUGCCCUUCGCCGGGUCCGUGUCUCUGCUGAUGCUAUGUUGAGGGCCUUGCUGGGGUCCAAGCACAAGGUAUCCAUGGACCUCAGAGCCAACCUGAAGUCGGUCAAAAAGGAAGAUUCAGAAAAGGAACGUCCAGUUGGAGUCAGUGAUUGGCGUAAGAAUGUGGAAGCAAUGUCUGGAAUGGAAGGCAGAAAGAAAAUGUUUGAUGCUGCUAAAACUCCAUCUGGACAAUGAUUGAACUUCACAAGGUUCAAGUCCAUUGUGCUUCCAUUCCCGUUAUCUCCAGCUUUACAUGCUUGUUUUUCCCUGAUUUUGAAGACAUCCAGAAUUCCUUGAAGAAAACACCAGUCACAAAGGAGGAAAGACAAUGAAGAAUUCUAUAUUAAGGCAAUUAAUAUAAAAUGAGUUAAUUAAUAAACCACUGUGGUUUUCUGCAUCAACUGUAGACUCAAAUGAAAUAAAAGUAAAUUCAUUGCC